CUAAAUAACGUCAAAAUAUCAGCUGUUCAAUAAGUUUUGGUUAUCGACGAGUAGAUUUCAGUAAAUAAACAAAAUGCCGGAGGAGUUAUUCAAGCAGGGUGCAGAGGCGAAACUCUAUUUAGAAGACUAUAAUGGCCAACAAUGCCUAGUCAAGGAAAGAUUCCCAAAAAAGUACCGACAUCCUACGCUUGACAACCAAAUUACUAAAGAGCGAAUGCGGGCAGAAUCCAAGGCUGUGACAAGGUGCACUGCGGCAGGGGUCCGAGUUCCAAAAGUAUUUCAAAUGGAUCUCAACACCAGGAAAAUUCAUAUGGAAUAUUUCGAGAAAAGCAUCACCGCCAAGGACUUCAUCAAUCAGCAAAUUGUUGUUUUACCAGAAGCAAAGUGCAACGCAGCUCUGGAUAUACUUUGCUCCAGAAUUGGAGAAGGAAUUGGAAAGAUGCACAAGAAUCACAUUAUCCACGGGGAUCUUACCACGUCGAAUUUCCUGAUUGACCCAAAAAAGGAGGAUUUCAGCGACUAUGAGCUGGUAUUCAUUGAUUUCGGCUUGUCGCACUAUAGCGAGAGUGUAGAGGACAAAGGUGUUGAUUUAUACGUUUUAGAGCGGGCCCUGCUUAGUACUCACAGUAAUAUCGAUGAUCUGUUCCCAAAAAUAUUGAAGAAGUAUGAAGAGGAGUAUAGUGAGGAGAGCAAAGAAGUCAUUGCACGAUUUGAGGAGGUUCGGGCAAGAGGGCGUAAAAGAACAAUGAUAGGAUAAGAACUAAUGUUCUUGAGCAGAUUAAAUAUGAAAAGCUAAA